AUGUUUAAAGUAUUCACUAUUGCAUCGUUAUACUUUUUGGGAACAUGCCUCGCCCAGACUUCCUCAUCACCAGAAGACUGCAGCCCCAGCGACUUUACAGGUAAAGUCGACAAACGCGCCAUCUUUUUCAACGCAUCGGGCACCCUGUCUAUUGAGUUCAAAGGAGCAAAAGAUCCAUGGUAUAUCAGCACUGCUGUGACCGACGAGCGCGACGAAACCCGCACGUUUGACGGCACUCACUCCAGGCAGUGGAUCAAGGGCUUCAUAAGCGUUCCUCGAUACCUUGUUGCUGACAAGUCCGUCGGGGUCUGUUCAUUCAUGUUCCAAGGACUCAACAGCAGCUCUGAGAACCCGGAUGAUGCGGACGAGUCUUGUAAAGGCGUCAUAAGCGACGCUUGUAUCAAGGAAUUUGAGAAUUCGACUCUCCCGAUACGCACUAGUGGAAAUUGCCCGAGCUCCAGCGCUUUUAUCCUCAGCGAUGAAUGCAAGAAGCACCUUACUUCAUACCAACUAGUCCAAGCGCGAAAUAUUUCCACAGAGAAUUGCACACUCAGCAAUAUACCAAAUCUCGAUGUUCCUGUAGACUAUUGGACGUAUGGCGGCUCUGUCUCGACUGGGGAGACAGGCAGUGACGACUACGAUGACUUUGACUCUUAUGAUAUGAGAAUUCAGCAGACUAUUCCAAUUUUCACGGUGGUGUCGGGCGGUGGCAUCAGUGACAGGAAGUUGGUGUGUAUUACCCCUGAUAAGGUUGUUUCGGGCAGUCGAAAACCCGAGAUGAAGCUGGAAGGAACUGAGGAAGAUGAAGAUGAAGAUGAAGAGGGUGAGAGUGAGGAAGGGGACGAGAACAUGGGGUCGCGAGUUGGAGGCUGGGGUGCUGUUUUCCUCAGUACUGUCGUCAUGAUCUUCACUCUCCUGUAG